GGUUAAGUAUUGUUAUAGUAUGAAGAAAAAAAACAAAAUCUGCCUUUCAUCUCUUUUCAUCACAGUACCCAACCCGGUAGUACUGGAAGAGAGUGACUCUACUGUGAACUCAGUUAGUGCAACAUGGAUGAAACCUACAGGAGAAGUUAGCAGUUAUGAUAUCGAGUGUAGUCUUGGAGAUGUGAUGGGCCCGCUAGACCAGUCUGGUAAUGGUCCUUUCUUAGCAUCCUGUGAAAAUCUUACAACUCCAGGAGAUCAAUACACAAUGAAUGUUGCCAGUAUCAGCAAUGGAAAGAGAUCAGAUGAAACAACUAUUACCUUGACAGCAUUACCAAACUCGGUAGUACUGAAUGAGAGUGUCUCUACUGUGAACUCAGUUAGUGCAACAUGGAUGAAACCUACAGGAGAAGUUAGCAGUUAUGAUAUCGAGUGUAGUCUUGGAGAUGUGGUGGGCCCGCCAGACCAGUCUGGUAAUGGUACUUUCUCAGCGUCCUGUGAAAAUCUUACAACUCCAGGAGAUCAAUACACAAUGAAUGUUGCCAGUAUCAGCAAUGGAAAGAGAUCAGAUGAAACAACCAUUACCUUGACAGCAUGUAAGUUGAAACUGGAAAAAAUAAACAAAGACAUUUCUUGA